AUGCUCCGUCUCUCGCUUCGACGCUGGUGUGCUGCCGCUUCCAGCGGCUCGUCAGCCUCAGUAUCGCAUGGACCGACGUCGACGACCACGUUGCCUGACUUCUAUGGCAAGAGCUUCUCCAUCUCACCGCGAGUAUGGGCGCAGAUUACGCGGAAAAACUCGGAGGAAGGCUUCACAAACGAUGCGCGCUACCUGCGCCUUGCCAUCGACUCUGGCGGCUGCCACGGUUACCUCUACAGGUUUUCCUUUGAAACGAAGGAGGCGUUUAAUCACGAGGAGGAUGUGGCUAUCUCAGAGGCGGACGCAGUGUCACCCAGCGAUGAAGCGUUUACUGGCGCGCAGCCGUCGCCGCGUGUGGUCGUGGACACUCUCAGCGCCUCGAAACUCGAGAAUGCGAGACUAGACUACCACAGUGAGCUGAAGGGAUCCGCGUUCGUGGUGGUGGGCAAUGAGUUAGUCGACGAGUCCUGCGCCUGUGCUAUGUCCUUUUCGAUCAAGAAAAAGGCGAGGCCGUCGGUGGCGUCGUCAUCAGACGCGCAAAGCGCGUCUUCUGGGGAUGGAGGAAAUCACAGAGGUACCGACUCCGCUGCUCCGCUGGCGGGUAGUUUUUCGACGAUGAAUGCUCGUCCGAUUUCCCGGCGUUCCACAACGCACACCACCUAA